AUGAACAUUGUGGUGGUCAGUCCUGUCGGCAACAGUCAUCUCGGAGUUCUCUUUCAAGUGAAGUCGUUCAGCAUGAGCUUGCAGGAUAUCGUAGAGCCAGAGAAAGUGGAAGAAUUGUUGGUAACACAUCUGAAAGAAAAUAAGAUUUUCCAUGAUGGUCCACGAUCGUGGACUAUUCGUUACUCGUCGUUGGGUGGUCGUGGUAUAUUCGCCACUCGAGAUAUCGAACAGAACGAAUUGAUUUUUAUCGAUGCGCCUCUGCUGAUCGGGCCGAGAUGCGCGGGAAAACAGUUACAAAUGUGCGUCUGUUGCUAUAAGAAUGAGUGUCCGUUGUUCCCAUGUGACAGAGGUUGCGGCCUUCCAGUUUGUUCUGUCCAAUGUGAGAAUUCACCGAUGCAUGUGAAUUACGAAUGUAAAUAUCUGAGGUCGUUGAUACCGACUUGUGGAACUGAUUGGUCAUUGGACUUGUUGCUUUCCGUGGUACCGAUCCGCGCGCUUUUUGUGACGGAACAGCAACGCAAAUGUUUGGCUGCUCUUCAGCAUAAUGAAACUCUCACUACUAGUCGCGAGAUCGAACUGCUAAAAAAAAACGUAACGAAUCUUCCGAACGAGAAGGAUCUGGAGUUGAUGAAACGAGUAUGCGAAGUUUUCAACACGAACUCGUUCGAAACGGUCAGUGUCCAUGACAAAGACCAUUCCACGAGUUUACGGAGUCUUUAUCCCAUGGGAGCAUUGCAAAAUCAUUGUUGUGUACCGAAUACGAGACACCAUUUCGAUGGUGAAUUUCGAUUGUACGUUACCGCUGCCCUUCCGAUUUCUGCUGGAGAGGAGAUUACUAUGACCUAUACGAGAUUAUUUUGGGAUACAACAUUACGAAGGAACUUUUUAAGCCUCACCAAACACUUUUCUUGUGCGUGCAGAAGAUGCAGCGAUCCUACGGAGUUUGGGUCUAAAUUAGGUGCACUUUUGUGUGCACAUGAUUCAUGUUUCGGAGAAUUAUUACCCCGAAAUCCUCUUAACUUAGGGACUUCUUGGGUUUGCAAUAAAUGCUCGACAACUAUAAAUUACCGGCAGAUAUAUUCGAUUCGUUCAGGUAUAGCAGCUAUAAUGGAAGAAAAUCUGUAUAAAACACCACGUCAGAUUUAUAAGUUUAUGCAAAAAGAACUUUCAGUUGUGGUUCCCUGGAGCAAUUAUUUCAUUAUCGACGUGAAGUUUCGAAUUGUUUCAUGUUACGGCAGAAGUGAUGGUCUUGCAUGGGAAGAUUUGACUGACACCGAACUGGAUAUAAAGGCAAAAUAUUGCAACGAUUUACUUUCGGUAAUAGAUGCUUUAAAUUGUGGUGAUUGUAAAAAAAGAGGCCUUCUCUUAUAUGAAUUGUAUUGCACAAAUCUUGAAAAAAUAAAACGACUUCAACAGCAACAAAAUAUGGAGAAAGUCAAUGAAAAUCAACAUUUGUUAGAAAAAGCAGUUACUAUAUUGCAAAAUGAUAUUCUUUCAACUGCUAAUUUCCAAUAUGAUCAAAAAUAUUUUAAACAAUUA